UGCAAUAAAGGCAGAUAGCGGACCAUGGGGAGCAGGGGAAAACUUUUUGUACUGACAUGUUAGCGCAAUGACUUUUGAGUAACAUCUAACUGGGACGAGGCUCCCGGCGUGAGGAGGACAGGGCCCUUUACGGGGAAAAAAAGGAGCACUUGCCAUCUGCCGGGAAACGAAAAGCAAGACGGCAAAAUAGUUGAGAGCAGUCCAAGAAUCAGCGGUGGAAAAUCCAGUUUAGCCAUUUGAAUUGAAAGAUGAGCUUGUUGUCUGCCAUAGACACGAGUGCCUCCGUGUACCAGCCUGCGCAACUUCUCAACUGGGUCUAUCUUUCCUUACAAGACCCCCACCAGACCAGCGCUUUUGACGCAUUCAGACCCGAACCCAACUCUUCCCACCCGGAUCUCAGUUUCAGCAAGACUCCCGCAGCGGCGGAGCUGAGCUCGUCCCUGAACUCCAACUAUCUCAACAACUUCUUUCAGCUGCAGCGCAAUGAGGCCUUAAACAACAACGUAUAUAAGAAUGUGUCACCCUAUGGCUCCCUGAACAACAUCGUGGAUGGACUCAACACCCUGACGGACCAUUUUUCAGACCUUUCCCUUUCUUCAGAGCCAAGGAAACCAAACAAAAGACCCCCACCAAACUACUUAUGCCACCUCUGCUUCAACAAAGGCCAUUACAUCAAAGACUGCCCUCAGGCCAGACCCAAAGGAGAAGGACUGACACCCUACCAAGGAAAGAAGAGAUGCUUUGGAGAAUACAAGUGCCCUAAGUGUAAGAGGAAGUGGAUGAGUGGCAACUCCUGGGCCAACAUGGGCCAAGAAUGUAUCAAAUGCCACAUCAACGUCUAUCCACACAAACAGCGCCCUUUAGAGAAGCCGGAUGGCCUGGAUGUUUCUGACCAGAGUAAGGAGCACCCGCAACACCUGUGUGAAAAAUGUAAAGUCCUGGGCUACUACUGCCGUCGUGUGCAAUAAUCAUCUUUAUUCAGAGUCAGAGAGCAACAAGUCCUAUUGCUCAUCCUCCAUCAAGGCUGUUAACUUCCUCCCUUCACAUCCAGGUUUCCUACAUCCCUGCCCUGCACACAACAUGGCGACCUUUCCUCCUCACGUCUUCCCAUCCUCUCAGAUGUCUCAAAUAUAGGCAGUGGCUUUCAUUUUUCUGUCCCUCUUCUCAACCACCGGUGGAUCGCAGAUUUUUCUUUUUUCAAUGACAGUAUUGAAGACCACAUCCAGGAAUGAAAAGAACACGGUAACCUAGGAUCAAUCUCUCCAAGUGCUCCUCAUCAAAAUGAUCUUUUUUUUGUGCCUCAUGCAACAGAAACAACACAACUCCAUUGAUCCAACUCAAUGAUUAACAACAGCACGUGGUGUAUUGAUGAAUUAGCAUGUUUUACAAUGGUGUCACUGACAGUAUUGGUCUCAAUAGAUUACCUCUCCUUGGGGUUUGUAGGUUUUGUGUUUACAGAGAUCUGCCUUCCAUUUCCCUGCCAAGUGAAAGGUGUGGUUAUGUGACGUAACAUUUAUCACAGGCCUCACAAUGGUAUAAAGUAUAUGAGGCCUUUGAUGUAUUGCCGUAUUAAGGUCAACAGCACAUCUUAUUAACUGUGAAUUAACUGAGGGACAAUGUGCCAUACAUCCCUAGCUUACAUUUGGCCUAUUUAUUUCCUUGUUGUCUGGUGUGCAAUUAGAAUUUUAACUGUUUGUUUGUAUAUCACUUUAUUGUGUAACUGCUUCCACGCGUCUUUAGGCACUCCUGUAGGCUCAGUUGCUCUUCAUCUAGAUUUAGUGCAUUGCUAACAGAUACGGUUUCAUUCACCCUCCCCAGAAUAUAUUUGUAGCCACACAAAUUCUCAGCUAUCUAUAGUUUUAGAUAUGUAUAGAUGUUAGAUGUAGAGGUUAUUGUGUUCAAUUGAAAGCACAAGAAGGAUAGUUUUAUUAACAGCAAAGCAUGUAAUUUCAAGGUUAUUCACAUAUAAAGCCAGAUUAGACUUAAACCACAAAUUAGAAAAAUAGAUAAUGGUUUGAAAAAGGUUUAAGAGAGAUUUUAGAGUUCACAGUCAAUGCCUGCGAACCUUGGUGGAGUCAAUUAAGCAAAAUGGAAGAUAUUGCAUGUCCAACAUCUGAUUGCUGUAUGGAGACUGUGUAGAAGGAAGUGAAGUUUUGGAGAACUGAAUUGAUUUUCAGAUCGGUUGAGAGAAACAAUAGGAGGUAAAAUAGGAGGGCUGAUUUGUGAUGAGGGGAUGCUGAAGAUUCAAAGAUAUAUUAAAAGUGAUGAUGAAUUAGGUUAACAUUUUUCACAAUAGUGCCUACUAUUUGAAACCAGUGUCUUUAAAAGACAUUUUUUUAUAGGAAAUUGUGAACUUUUCUAUAUGUACUGUAUUCCUUGCCUUAUAAAAACUGGUUGACUAUAUUUUAUACUGUAAUAUUAUAUGUGCCUUAAAAAAAGAUCACGACUAUAGGAUGCCAUUUGAAAUUAGGAAAGACAAAUUGGGAUAGACUCAGAGAUGGGACAGUAAACGUGCGUGUGGUAAGUGGGAUGCAUAGUAAGUUUAAUGCAGGUUAAAGGAGUUAAAAAAGGACAAGAAAAUUGUGCAGUUCCUCUAUUAGUUUGAUCUUGCAUGGUGGGUGUUCGCUUCAACAAAGUUUGCUGAGUUGCAGGCAUGGGCUGAAACAGCAUUUCCAGCUGGCAAUAACAAAUCCUACUGUGGUCUGUUGUCAUGGAAUAUCCACAAAGAUGUUAUUUCAUAGUCGAUACUCACAACAGAAUGGAGUCGCGCAUGAAACUGUGGACCUCACUCCUUGUUGUUUUAAUCUAUUGUGGUAAUGUUUAUCUAAGGAACUGUCGGUUUUGUCAAGAGAUAUACAUGGUCACUUAGUGGGAGAGUUUGCACGGGCUGAUGAUGGUACCCUUCAGUUUUGGGGAAAUUAGCUAAAUCCCAUUGUUUUAGUUAAAGGGGCAUUCCACUGAUUCUGUAGUUUAGGUAAAUUGGCUUGCACAACCCUUAAGAAUGGUUGAAAUCAAUCCAGCAGAUGCAGAGAUAUGCAUAUCUAAUCCCUAGUGUGGCUCAGGCUCCAAAACGCUGUAUCCUACCUUUCCCAUAAUGCAGCUCAACAGCAUCUUUAAGUAUCUGCCCUUGUAAAUGCCCACAUCUUUUCAAACUCCCAAGUUCGUAACAGGCUAUUUGUCCUCAUAUAGACCUCAUAUAAAUGAACAAUUCUAUUUUUCUAACUAACAUCGUCUUUCUUUUGCUCUGUGCGAUGACACUAGCCUUACAGGUCUUUACUGAACCUUAUUAUCCACAUCAUACCAUGUGGCUGUAGUGAGAGGGAUAGAUACCAAUGAUGCCUUAUGAACUAACCUCAUAAACUAAUAACAAUAUAUGUGAUUCAACAAUCCUAGAGUUAGAGUUCUACUCCGCCCAGAGAAGCGUUAUUAAGGCCAUUUUAAAUGGCAAAUCACGAGCCAAUGGAAGCAGUUCAUACAAUACACAUGAAAAAAGAAGAAAAAAUUCUCUGCUUUCAGACAUAAUUUCUUGAAUUACAUAUACUUGACUUUUAUAGUACAUUUUCACUUCAAAUUUGUUAUUGUCUAUGAAUGAGAUGUGUAUUUUGGAACACUUAACAGAUGUUGACAUUUUUAAAGCAAUCUGCAAAGACUGAAAAGUUGUUUCCCUGACAAAGAUAGACUGUUUUAUGUAUAUAUUUGAUGGCCAUCAUUAUUGAAAAUAGUAGCUCUUUUAAAAUGUUAUGCAAUAUUGAAGCUUUUUUUGUGUGAAGAAGGGCCUAAGAAAUAAACUAAGCUGGGAGUUUUUUCUUUAUGUUUUACAAUAAUCUGAGGGGUUAUCCUGCAGAAAUAUUUAUGGAAAGAUUUUUUACAACACUUUUUGUAUAGAAUAUGCAACAAAGUUACACUAAAGAAGGAAAUAUUGAUGUCUACAUAGAGUAUUAUUAAACUAAAGCUGGUACAUAAUUAAUACCCUUUCUCAAUUAUAAGCCAUUGUAUUUUUGUUUUGUUUUAUGAUGUUAUCAGUGGUGAAUAACCCAGUUAUUUGGUUAUGUGUAACUAAUUAUGAGCUAUUUACAUCCAUACAGUCGCAUGUAUUCAUUGUGUAAACAAUAUUAUGAAGAUAUAUAUUGUGUUAACAUGCAGAACUUUUCUUUCCUUAAUUAGUGACGGAUACUCACCACUGUAUAAGCACGUUAAACUGUGAGAUGUAGUUCAAGCUUAAAGCAGCAAUGACAAGAAACUAUUAUAAAAUGUUAUGGUGUUAUUAGUAGUCUUAGGGAGUGUAUACUUUUGUUAAAAAGGCAUGUGUGACAAAGAACUAUUUUAGAGUUUGCAUGUGCAUGUGUUUGGUUUUGAAUGAAAUAUCAUUUGUGCAAUGUAUACUUAUUUAAAUACUUUACAGUAGUUUGCUACAGUACAUAUUGUUUUUAACAUUAUCAGCAACUUCUGAUUGUUGUAAGUCUUGAAGUAUUUACCGCUAGUGUAGCCUCUACGAAUAAUACAUAUUUACUGAAUGUAAUGUGUUAACACUUAUGUGGUCAAUUAGGAAAGUAUUGUUUGUAUUCUUUACUGUCUGUAUCACUUGAGAUGUGUGUGUUGCAAUGUUGCAAUAAUGUAAUAUUUGAAUUGGGCAGAACACAGGCAUGAGGUAGUGAGGAAAAUGAUAUUUUGGGAAACAAAGACAUGGUCAUGGUUUCGAGAGUAGACCACAGGACUGUUUUUCAUGUCCAUGAAAUGGCAUUCCAAAAUGUGCCUUAUUUGUUAGUUGGGAAAACAUUUUAGUGCUGUUGAGAGUUUGUUGAAUAAAAGUCAUAUUGAAUUAGGA